AUGGCCCCGGUGGCUCCUUCUGCUGCUCCCCCAGGGCCGGGGAGGCUCCGGUGGCCCGGGGGACCCCGGCGUGGCCGGCGGAAGGCAGAGGUGGCCCCGGGGACGGCGGAGGUGUCGCGCCUGCGCCCCAGGGGUGCCGCGGGGGACAACGGGAACGGGGCCGUGGCUCCCGGGCGCCUUCCGGGGACCUUCCUGUCCCAGCAGCGGCACCGGGGAGCAGCUGCCACCACGGGCUGCUGGGGACAACGGGGACACGAGGGGGGACCUGGGCUUCUGGGGCCUGGAGCCAUGGCAAGGUGCCAGGAGGGUCAAGGUGACCUGGACGUGGUGGCCCAGGAGGUCCAGGAGGGGCCCAGGAGGUCCACAAGGGGUCCAGGUGGCCUGGAUGUGGUGGCCCAAGAGGUCCAGGAGGGCUCCAGAUGGCCUGGACAUGGUGGCCUGGACGUGAUGGCCCAGGGGUUCAAGGUGGCCUGGACAUGGUGGCCCAGGAGGUCCAGAAGGGCUCCAGGUGGUCCAGGAGGGCUCCAGGUGGCCUGGAUGUGGUGGCCCAGGGGCACCCAAGGGUGCGGGACCCCCCCCCCCGACAGUGCCACCCCCCCCUGGCACGGGGGGUCCGGGGGUGUCACCCCAGCAGCACCGGUGGCCGGGGGUGGCCGGAGGUGGCCGGGGGUGGCCGGGGGUGGCCGGAGGUGGCCGGAGCCCCCCCCCCAUGGCUGGGUUACCCAUUAA